UGCCACGUGUCGAGAAACAGUUGGACAAGUAGGGAGGCUCCGUUCUGCUACAAAUGCCACUCACUCACUCACAUGAUGUUCGUUGAUUGCAGGCACGCACUCCACACUCACUCUGCACUAAGCACCAUUUCGGUUCAUCUUCCUUUAACCGGCGAUUGUAAAUCACCGAAGGUAUAGAAUAUAGAGAAUGGCAACUGUAACGGCCUCUUACGUGGUGUCAAGAAGCGCGUUUCUCAAUCACCGUGGAGCGUCGAGAACAGACGGCAAAGUGAAUUCGGCUCAGAUCACUCUCAACAAAAAGGCAUUGACUUAUGAUGGUUUAAGAUCUCUCAACAAGCUGCACGUGGGAACCACGCAUGCAGCCAAAGCCUCUUCCUCAAGGAGAUGUAACAAAACAGCGCGUGACGGGGUUUCGAGGAAGAUCGUGUGUGGCACAGGGAUGAACUUGAUCUUUGUGGGAGCUGAGGUGGCACCUUGGAGCAAAACUGGGGGACUUGGUGAUGUUCUUGGAGGACUUCCACCAGCUUUGGCCGGACACGGGCACCGUGUUAUGACAGUGUCACCACGUUACGAUCAAUACAAGGAUGCAUGGGACACUAGUGUGUUGGUGGAGGUCAGAGUUGGAGAUAGAAUUGAAACUGUUCGUUUCUUUCACUCCUACAAGCGAGGAGUUGAUCGUGUUUUUGUGGAUCACCCAGUUUUCCUUGAGAAGGUAUGGGGCAAGACCGAGUCAAAACUCUAUGGCCCCAGGGCAGGGCUGGAUUACUCAGACAACCAACUUAGAUUCAGCUUGUUGUGCCAGGCUGCACUUGAGGCUCCAAGGGUUUUGAACUUAAACAACAGCAAAUAUUUUUCGGGAACAUAUGGCGAAGAUGUUGUCUUCAUUUCCAAUGAUUGGCACGCUGCCCUCCUCCCAUGCUACUUGAAAUCAAUGUACCAGUCCAGGGGCAUUUACAAAAACGCGAAGGUUGCAUUUUGUAUCCAUAACAUAGCCUAUCAGGGUAGGCAUGCCUUUGCAGACUUCUCUCUUCUGAAUUUACCUAACGAAUUCAGGAGCUCUUUUGACUUUACUGAUGGGCAUGAUAAACCUGUGAAGGGAAGGAAAAUUAAUUGGAUGAAGGCUGCAAUAUUAGAAUCGGACCGAGUACUCACUGUGAGUCCGUACUAUGCCCAGGAACUUAUAUCUGGAGAAGAAAGAGGUGUGGAAUUGGACAACAUAAUUCGUGCACGUGGCAUCACUGGUAUCGUGAAUGGCAUGGAUAAUCGAGAGUGGAAUCCGCAAACUGAUAAAUUCAUAGGUCUACACUACGAUGCAACAACUGUCACUGAAGCAAAAUUUAUGCUGAAAGAAGCCCUUCAAGCAGAGGUUGGCUUGCCUGUUGACAGGAACAUCCCUCUGAUAGGCUUCAUUGGUAGACUUGAAGAGCAGAAAGGUUCAGAUAUUCUUGUAGAAGCUAUCCCAAAGUUCAUUGACCAGAAUGUUCAGAUUAUAGUUCUUGGAACUGGCAAAAAGAUCAUGGAGAAGCAAGUUGCGAAACUAGAGGAAAUCUAUCCUGACAAGGCCAGAGGGGUAGCAAAAUUCAACAGUCCCUUGGCUCACAAGAUUAUUGCUGGAGCCGACUUUGUAGUGAUCCCAAGUAGAUUUGAGCCCUGUGGUCUAGUUCAGUUGCAUGCUAUGCCAUAUGGAACGGUGCCCAUAGUUUCCUCAACUGGUGGACUUGUUGACACUGUAAAAGAUGGUUAUACUGGGUUCCACGCUGGAGCAUUCAGCGUAGAAUGUGAAGCUGUUGAUCCAGCUGAUGUCGACAAGCUAGCAACUACUGUCAAGAGAGCCCUUCGAACCUACGGUACCCCAGCUUUGAAAGAGAUGAUCCAGAACUGUAUGGCCCAAGAUUUUUCAUGGAAGGGACCAGCCAAACAAUGGGAAAAGGUGCUAUUGAGCCUAGAUGUUGCUGGCAGCGAACCUGGAAUUGACGGUGAUGAGAUUGCUCCCCUUGCAAAGGAAAACGUCGCCACUCCUUGAGCAUCGCCAUUGAUAUCCUGAUUUCGAAUAUGAUCAUGGUCAAAAACGUUUUGCAAGACUUCCCUCUCUGCAGUCUGAGUAUAUGCGUUGCCAUUUGAUCAAACGAGUUCUAACGAAGUAAUGGUCUUUAAUUUCAAGCAAUGUUUAUAAAACUGAAGCUAACGUAAGUUUUUUUACAAGUGAGGUCUUGUAUGCAAGCAAUUAAUGAAGUUUGAAGCAUCAGAGUUUGGACUAAGUUAAAAUGCGGUAUUAGUGAAUAAGGGCGUAGUCGAUGUAUGUAGUCAAUCUAAAUGUAUGCUUCAUAAUUACGGGAAGGAGUAUGACAUAUUCUAUUUUCUGAUGUCAAUGCCUCGCUCUUUGUAUACAUACUCUUGAAAAAAAGUUUUUAACAUAUACGUGGUAUCUAAGUUCAAUAGUGCAAC